AUGAUAUCCAAGGGAGGUGCUACUCCAUUUUUCUACAUUAACAUCGAGACGGUGAUCAUCACCAACAUGAACUACUACCCGGUUGGCGUUGCCAGCUACCACUUCGACCUGAGCGGCACGGCGUUCGGCGCCAUGGCCAAGCCGGGGCUCAACGACAAGCUCCGCCACUCCGGCAUCAUCGACAUCCACUUUAGGCGUGUGCCGUGCAACUACCCGGGGCUCAAGAUAAACUUCCACAUUUAGGAGGGGUCCAACCCGGUGUACUUCGCCGUGCUCGUCAAGUACGAGGACCUCGACGGCGACGUCGUGCAGGUCGACCUCAUGGAGUCCAAGUCGGCGUACGGCGGCGCCAUCGGAGUGUGGACACCGAUGAGGGAGUCAUGGGGCUCCGCAUCGGCAGUGACAUCGGCUAAUGCAAAGGUCAUGGAUUGUGCAUGGUUCUCAUAG